AUGGGCUUUUGGGUCCAGAUCAGUAACAUUAUUGUGACCUCCCCUGCUCCUUCCUCCCCUGCUUCCUACCUCCCCUGCUCCUUCCUCCCCUGCUCCCUACCUCCCCUGCUGCUUCCUCCCCUGCUUCCUCCCCUGCUUCCUACCUCCCCUGCUUCCUACCUCCCCUGCUUCCUACCUCCCCUGCUUUCCUACCUCCCCUGCUCCCUACCUCCCCCCCUGCUCCCUACCUCCCUGCUCCCUACCUCCCCCUGCUUCCUACCUCCCUGCUUCCUACCUCCCCUGCUCCCUACCUCCCCUGCUUCCUACCUCCCCUGCUUCCUACCUCCCCUGCUCCCUACCUCCCCUGCUCCCUACCUCCCCUGCUUCCUACCUCCCCUGCUCCCUCCUCCACACUCCCUAUCUCCCCUGCUUCCUACCUCCCCUGCUUCCUACCUCCCCUGCUUCCUACCUCCCCUGCUCCUUCCUCCCCUGCUCCCUCCUCCACGCCCCCUACCUCCCCUGCUUCCUACCUCCCCUGCUUCCUACCUCCCCUGCUUCCUACCUCCCCUGCUUCCUACCUCCCCUGCUCCUUCCUCCCCUUCUCCUUCCUCCCCUGCUCCCUCCUCACACUCCCUACCUCCCCUGCUUCCUACCUCCCUGCUUCCUACCUCCCCUGCUUCCUACCUCCCCUGCUCCUUCCUCCCCUGCUCCUUCCUCCCCUGCUCCUCCUCCACGCCACCUAUCUCCCCUGCUUCCUACCUCCCCUGCUUCCUACCUCCCCUGCUUCCUACCUCCCCUGCUCCUUCCUCCCCUGCUCCCUCCUCCACGCCACCUACCUCCCCUGCUUCCUACUUCCCCUGCUCCCUACCUCCCCUGCUCCAUCCUCCCCUGCCAUACGUCAUAGCUCCCCAGGAGUAA